CCUUCUUCUCUAACUUCACUUGGAGAACGAGUUGCACGAUGUGAAAAUCGUCAAAACAUAUUAAUCCGUCAGCCCUAUACCCAAGUCUAGGCGAGAAUCUUUCGCGUCAUACGUUCAUGCCCUAAGCGACUUGUACGCACCGCAACGGCACCUGACAGAGAUUCUUCCACAUCGACCUGGCUGAUGCUGGCACGAACACAUCCUUCUGAUGCUAAAAAAUAUACUCGGGUGGUUUCUUGGGGUUUUAUUUACCAUCUGGUUCUUACGAAAGCAACGAGAGCUUCUCGUUGAAGUUUCGAAAAUGGGAACAAAUGCGUCGUCUCUCGACGACGUGCUGCCGAAUCCAUCCAGACGGGACAUUUAUCACGUCGCAUUCUUACUCCAACAAAGGCUUCCACCAGAACUGAUACCCCGCAUUCUCGACUAUGCGGAAUACUGGCUUCGAAGUACUGUGAAAGUGCGACAGCCCAUGGAGGUCUCAGAUCUGCGCGUGCUUACAUGGAGGACUGAGUACAUUGUACCCGGUGUCACGUACCUGUCAACACUUCCAAUUGGGCAAUGCCCCGGCGAUGAAGAUGGAGUUGCGCUUGUUGGGCAACAUCCCGUGCGCAAGGUUGUUUUCACCGUAGAAAGUCAAGAUCAAGGAUGGUCAGACUAUCGCGAUGAUCAUGGCACAGAGCGUGGAAGCUGGACUUGGUUUGAGGCUGUCGUGCGCGAGCCUGGACAAUUGGUUUACCAAGACUUGCUACGUUCAAGUAUGGAUGCCCUCUCAUCAGAGGAGCAGCGCAGAGCGACGCUGCCUCAGCCUCCAACGGGACGACUCAUUUACAAAAACUUGCACGCCGAGGGAAGAUGGAGACGAUAUGUCAGGACCUGGAGUAUAUUUGACGAGGAUGAUGAAAUCAAAACUUGGAUCCUUGAGCUGAAGAGAGGUCAGAUUAUCGAUCUUACUGUAUGGGCUCGGUUUCCGGGAUGGAGAAACAGGGUGGCGGGUGCGAAGAUUGAUGUAUACUUGGCAGCUGUUCGAUAGAAACUACGGAACGAGUUAUCAAAAAUCUAGACAGGACAAUCAUAUGCCUCGAACAACCUUUUGGAUGAC